AUGCAUUUUCUUCAGCUCUCUCUUGCAGCCCUGGUUGGCGUUGCUCAAGCUAACACCCCUGAAGCCCUCGAUGUCCAGGUCGUCUCUGUAGGCAGAAACUCGGCUACAAAUGCAACUGGCCUCAAGUUCUGGCCCGAGAAGAUCACAGCAGAGCCUGGCACUAUGGUGCAGUUCCAGUUCUGGGCAGGAAACCACACCGUGACACAGUCCACCUUUGACGAUCCUUGCAUUCCCAUUGGCAAUGUCAACUCGAGCGUCCAGGGCAUCUACUCGGGUUACAUGCCCGUCGAUGCUAGCAUGGCCAUGGGCAUGAUCCCCACUUACACCAUCGAAAUCAAGGACAACAAGCCCCUGUGGCUCUACUGCAGCAAGGCCAAGCAUUGCCAGGGUGGAAUGUCCAUGGUCAUCAACGAGAACACCGCUGCCAACUCUUCUCGAUCUCUUGACAACUACCGCACCGGCUGCCAGUCUGCUACUGGAGCUGACGUUGUUCCUGUGAAUGAAGGUUCCACUGGUGGUGGCAACAACGGAGGCAGCAACGGAGGCAGCGGCAGCGGCAACGACUCUGGCUCUGGCUCUGGCUCUGGCUCUGGCGGCGAUAGCAGCAAUGGUGGUGACAGCAGCAAUGGUGGAAGCGGAAGCGGCUCUGAUUCUGGUUCUGGUUCUGGCAGCGGAGAUGGCAGCGGAAGCGGUUCAGGCUCCGGCUCCGGUUCUGGCGACUCGCCUCUGCCUACUGGCAUCCAGACUCCGGCCCCUACUGGCACUCCUACUGCCGGCAGCCCUGCCUCGACCGAGUCGGUGGUCACAGCAUCUGCGCCCAAGCUUCUCGCACCAAGCUCACUGGUGCUGGCUGUCGGUGCCGCCUUGUUGCUGCUGUAA